UUUCAACACGCUUCUCCCUUCUGUCUGCCUGGUACCUGAGAGAGUUUGAUUUUGAUCUUCCUCCUUCCUGGAUAGAGCUCGGGAAAAUGGAUGAUAGCGAUAAUGCUCAUGCGCAAUUUACUUGUCGUCUAUCAGUUUUAUUUUUUAUCGUGAGAAAUUUUCAACAAAUUAAAUUAUAAUAUUAGCAUAUUGUCAUUUGAGAGCAAAAUCUUAAACUUUUUCCCCUUUUUAUCUUUGAAAAAUCAAUCAACACUUUAUUUUAGGUUAUGUUUGCUUAUUGAUCCACGUCUAUAAUCACGAAAAAGCAGAAGAAAUAAGGUUAUGUUCUUAUGUUAUCCCUGAAAGUACACUAUUGUUAAUUUAGCAAUAAUAAUUGACAUAGUUAUUCGUAGAAAUUGCAAAGGUCCAUUUGUUUGAUUUUCUUCAUAACAUAUUGAAUUAAUUGGUUAAGUUGCAAUUGUAUUUUGUCUGAUGUUCUACUUCUAGAUACUCAGGAGGUGGAAGUAAUUUGAGGUGUUUGUAUCGCUCAAUCUCCACCAUGAUCGGUUGGAAGCUACUGCGUUGUUGUGCUUGCAAUAGAAGUAUCAAUGUUUUAAAAUCUCAAACUCUUUGGAAACUUCCAUCCCUAAACAGGCCAAUAUCCAGAAAUUUAUAUGAGGGUUUCAUAGGGAAAAAUGCAAGUAACAAGACUGUAGCCAAACUCAAACUGAAGGACGGUGUACGAAACGAAAGUGAACUUAUAUAUCGGGCAGAAUAUGACAAGUACUUUCAAGGAGCUUACGUUUGCGUUAUGAUUUCGUCAAUCACGUUUCCAGCCUGGGUCAUGUUUUUGGGAUUUCGAAGCGACUUCAAACUACCCAUCCGAGUUCUCCACGAUUUCCAGCUGAGUUCGGUCUUUGAAAUAGUUUUGUUAGUUUCUAUGUUGGGUGUUCUCGGCAUUGCAUCGUUCAUUAUUCUGUCAAGAUAUGCCCUGCGCAUCUAUCAAAAUCCUGGAGACACUUAUACAGCAGUUUUUCACAACGUGGCUUUGCGGACAAUCCAUCAGCACUUCAAGAGAGGCGAAGUUCAUGCCAUCCCUGAGCAGGAUCUUCUUCCAAAUCAGAUUUCACGGUACAAGAUCAAAGGCCGAAAGACCAUAAUUCAUGAAGACAAAUUCAGGAGGCCUAGUGAUUUCAUUUAUAUGUUGGGGUUCAAAGUCAAUAAGGACGAUAUUGAUGUUCACGAUGAAAAUUGUUGAGCUAUCUUCAGAAUGUUGUAAUUUUGUUACUUCAACUUAGUCGUUAGCUAAAUCAGUCUUUUAGGUCAAAGCCACACGAAGCGUUUUUCAGUCGGCAGGGUAAGAAGCUCUCUGAUUCCCAAACGCCAACCUUAUCAGUCAAUCGGAGCGCUUCCUGCCCAGUCGACACACCUGAAAAACGCCUUAUAUGGACUCGCCUCAUUUGUAAACAAAGUAGAAUACAUUGAUUAAUACACUGCACUAUCAAUAAAUGACGUGGAUUUCAUGAUUAA